GAAAGGGAAAGCGGGCGCCGGUCCGGACGUGCUGGGGCUGGGCGCCGCCAUGUUGGGUGCGCGCAAAGCAUGCUGGGCCAGAAGGGGCCCGCCCCUUCGAGGGGGGGGAAAAGGAGGCUGAGAGUGGUUGUCAAUGGCAACUCCAGUAGGCCUCUUCCUAGGAAGGGAGGGGCGCUGUUGUUAUUUUUGCAGCCGAGGAAGAAGACCUCAGUAUUAAUAACACUAAUAUUCGUAUUAAGAAUAAUAUUAUUCUUAUGAACAGACUGCAAUAAUAACAGUAGAUGAAAAAUAAGGGAGGAGGUUUCAAUUAUUCAUAAUAAUAUUAAUAAUGCAGUCUAAUUAACAGACGAAUAAUAAUAAUAGAUGGAAAUUAAGGUGUGGUGAAUAUAUUUUUGUUUUUAAAAAAAUACAGUGUUAGAAAAUAAAUAAUACAAUUUACAAUUUUUUGCUUUUUAUGUCUCUCCCAUUCCAUUUAUCUAGACAUCCUCUACAAUCUGCUGGGCCUUGCAGUGCCAUCAGCUAGAACAAUGGUAACACCAGAAAUUAUUUUCUAACUCUUGUUUACUUUAUGACUAUAUAAUUAUCAAAUGUCAAGCCUAAUUAGCAUUUAGUGUAAUGCCAUAAGCUACAGUUUUCUUUACUCUGGAGUAGCUCUAUUAAAAUUAAUAAGCUCCAUCUGCAUUUAGGAACUCCUAUGAUGACAAUUAAUGACAGGAGGGGUGACUGAGUUUAUUCCAGACUACAUGGAUUGCAGGAAUGGGUUUUAUAAUAUUUAUAAAAGUAAAACAACCACAACAAUAUGCAUUAUAAUCUUUGCUCAGAGCUGGUGUAGCUAAUUUGAGGCUGUGUACACACCAUAUAUUAAAAGCAUUGUCACUUCUCCCCUGUAAGAAUCCUGGGAACUGUAGAUUACCCUUCUACCGCAUAGCUACAAUUUGCAGCACCCUUUACAAACUGCAAUGCUCUACCUCCACAGUCAGUGGCAGUAACGUUUGUGAAUAGUAGUUGCUGGAAGAUGCAGGAAGGGAAUACAGAAUGCUCUUGUUUUCACAGGCCUCUGGUUGGCCACUGUGAGAACAGGAUGCUGGACUAGACAGGCCAGUGUGGCCUCAUCCAGCAGGCACUUCUUAUGUCCUUACAUGGUUCAAGGGAAGAGAUUGUGAGAAGGCAUCUUCCAAAGCAAUCCCACCCCGCAAAUAACUUUGGAGCCUUCUUGCCUCUAGCCUAGCCCUCACCCCUUUUCCUGUUUCUGCUGGAGUCUUCUUUUGCUUGCCACGCCUGCGGGCUCUCUUCCGGCCAACGCUGCCAAUGGCAGAUCUUAAAAACAUGGGGUCGGUGAGAUUCGGCAAUCGAAGCACCUUGCGCCUGCUGGACCUCCUGAGCGGAGGGGCUUGUGUCUUGCUCCUCGUGAAGUAGGGUGAAAUGUGAGGAGUGUUGCAAGCUGGUGCAGAGGCAGAAGGUUUGGCCGAGAUGGUAGGGCAUGGCUUCUCUGUCAGGGGCUUCCUGACCCAGUAGAACACCAGCAUCAAACGCCUCCUAGAUGGGUUGGACAUGCUGAAGAAGGUGCUGGAGGCCCAAAGAUCAGGGUGCCUUCAAAGCGGAGGACGCAGCAGGCAGUUGCCUAUCAGUGGUGCCAAAUCCAAGUAAAUGUUAGCUCCAGUCCUGUUAAAUCAAUCCAGCAAUUAUGAACGUUAAGUAAGGGAUUAAUUCCUCAGGCAGUAUGAAAAGACUCUAUGUGGCUUUUUAAUAGCUGGGAAGCUCCCAACUACUGCCACUGUUGACAGCCUGUUGCCCCUUAUCUCUGCUUGAAUGGGUUAUGUCACAAUGGUUCCUUCAUCAGGUGUUUGUGAGCAUGACAGUGCUGUUGGGAGUUUCAGCAAUGAAGGCUCAGGCAUAACAUACUGUUUGAAAGUCUGAACAUUUCCUCUUUUUUUAUUUAACAAAAUUUAUAUACCACUUUUAUAAUUUAUAUACAAAUUAUUAGGAGAGUAAGUUAAAAAUAUACUGUAGUUUAUUCACUUAUAUGCUAGUUGACAUACUUUAUUCCUUCUUAUACUUCUAUCCCACCUUUCCUCCACAGAGCAUACACACUUCAGCCUCCACCUUACCCAUUUUAUCCUGACAGCAAUAUUGUGAGCUAGGGCCAUAGCUCAGUGGUAGAACAACUGCUUAGCAUGCAGAAGGCAUCAGGUUCAGUCCCCAGCAUCUCCUGGUGGGACUGGGAAAGAUCCUGCCUGAAAUCUUGGAGGGCUGCUGCCAAUCAGCGCAAACCAAGUAUCUUCAGCCUUUGAAGACCCAGGACCUCCUUUUAAUCAUACAUGCAUUUGGGGACCCAUUUCUUAAUCUUUUCCCAUAUAUUUGCAGGGUGGUAGCGCUCUUGUUGCCACCCACCUUGGAUCGGGCUGCAGCAUGUUAGUGGGUUCCAACCCACCAGCUCAAGACCAGUGGUGUAGACAAUACCGAACUGAAUGGACCGGUUUCAUGUAUUACUCUGUGUUGGGCUGAGAGAAAGAGAGGAGCUGGCCCAAGGUCACCCAGUGGACUUCAUGGCUGAGUUUGGGAUUUGAAACCCUGCUUUCGCAGGUCCUAGUCUAACACAUCCAAAACAUCUGGAGCAUUCCAGCUAGGGUGGGGAUCAUGCCCAUGGUUUCUCAUCUGAGCCUUGUAAAUGGUGCUGAGCCUUUGCUUCCUGGUUCUAAGAUGUUUUGGCAAGUGCGGGGUUUCUUUGAAUUUUUUUCCUCCAGAAGCCGAGCAAAAGAACAAAACUGACAUGUUAGAGCCUCACUGAAUGUGACUUUUCCAAAUAAAGAGGAAAUGCAUCACCCACAAAAAAGACAUUGAUGUGCAUCAACUUUUCAUAUGCUAAUUUAUUAAUAAUAAUAAAAAUAAUUGAAUUUAUAUCCAACUCUUUCUUCCAAAAGAGCUGAGAAUGGCAGAUGCAGAAUUUAAAAGCCAAGCUAAGCCAAGCCAUUCUAUCUAAAACAGUUAAAACAGUUAAAAAACAAUUAUAAUUAAAAACAUGUAAAAGCAGUUACAGUUUAACAUUCUUCUAUCCAACUAUCUUAGGUCAGAGGCGUAACUAGGCUCCUGUGUGUUCUUGCCAUGGAGCCAUAUUGGUGCCCGCCCCCAUCUCUUGCACCCUUGGCAGGAAACUGUAUUAGCCCCUCUGAAUCUAGAAAGACCAUGGACCAGAAACUCAAAAAGUCACAGUUGGGCUGCUGCAACGGCUGUGGAACUGCCCAUCAGCAACAGGGCAGAGGCUCCAGGCCUGACCCUCAUGCUGAAUUUCUGCUUUGACCUCCAGAAACAUGGCACAAGAAGCAAGCCGAUGAUGGAACUGCCCUGACAACCUCUCUAAGCUAUCUAGGAAGGUUUUUAGACACUGAUGUUCUCCCAUUCCCCUAAAUGACCAGGACAGCAAAUAGCUAGCAAAUGUUUAGGUUGGGCUUCUGAGUCGAAAGGUGUUUUCCCAAGGAAAUAAGAUGAUAUAUUGUGGCAGACAAGUAGAACAUUUUUACUUUUACUUUGUUUUCACAUAUGAGGAAAUCAGAGCAUGCAAAUUCACACUCCAGGUUGCUGUAAGUAUUUGCAAUCUUUGGCCUAUAUUGAGCAGGACCCCCCACCUGUGGCAGAGUGCUAGAUGGUUUUUUGAUCUCUUCCUGAUCCUCAUAAAGUUUCUUUUGGUUGCUAAUUGUUUAGUUGAAUUGAAUGGGCUCAUCUUACACAUUAAUAUAAUGUUAUCUUUUAAGCUAGACAGCAUCCUAAACCUAGACAGCAUCCUAAAAAGCAGAGACAUCACCUUGCCAACAAAGGUCCAUAUAGUUAAAGCUAUGGUUUUCCCAGUAGUGAUGUAUGGAAGUGAGAGCUGGACCAUAAAGAAGGCUGAUCGCUGAAGAAUUGAUGCUUUUGAAUUAUGGUGCUGGAGGAGACUCUUGAGAGUCCCAUGGACUGCAAGAAGAUCAUACCUAUCCAUUCUUAAGGAAAUCAGCCCUGAGUGCUCACUAGAAGGACAGAUCGUGCAGCUGAGGCUCCAGUACUUUGACCACCUUAUGAGAAGAGAAGACUCCCUGGAAAAGACCCUGAUGUUGGGAAAGAUUGAGGGCACAAGGAGAAGGGGACGACAGAGGACGAGAUGGUUGGACAGUGUUCUCGAAGCUACCAGCAUGAGUUUGAGCAAACUGCGGGAGGCAGUGGAAGACAGGAGUGCCUGGCGUGCUCUGGUCCAUGGGGUCACGAAGAGUUGGACACGACUAAACAACAACAUCUUUUAAGCAUGUAUGGGAUGGAGCUGGGUAUAUAACUCUGAUUCAACAGGACUCUUAGUGUUCUUAAAACAUCUGGGGGGCAGUAGAUUGGGGAAGGGUGUGGUAGGCUUUCCUUUUGAGUUAAUAUGUAUAGAUUGCACUUGGUGUAAUAGGGUGUGACCUAUUUUCAGGGUGUGACCCCUGAAAUCUUGGAGGGCUGCUGCCAAUCAGCGCAAACCAGGUAUCUUCAACCUUUGAAGACCCAGGACAUCCUUUUAAUCAUACAUGCAUUUGGGGACUCAUUUCUUAAUCUUUUCCCAUACAUUUGCAGGGUGGUAGCGCUCUUGUUGCCACCCACCUUGGAUCGGGCUGCAGCAUGUUAGUGGGUUCCAACCCACCAGCUCAAGACCAGUGGUGUAGACAAUACUGAACUGAAUCGACCGGUUUCAUGUGUUCCUCUGUGUUGGGCUGAGAGAAAGAGAGGAACUGGCCCAAGGUCACCCAGUGGACUUCAUGGCUGAGUUGGGAUUUGAACCCUGCUUUCGCAGGUCCUAGUCUAACACAUCCAAAACAUCUGGAGCAUUCCAGCUAGGAAAGGCUGCUGUGGAAUUGCUUACUGCUUACCUGAUGUAGAUGGCAGGUCUGAGUACCUACAAUUGCAAUUUCCAUUCUUUGUGGUGCAUGGGCUCUGCCGAAGUUCUGAAAAGUUCUAAAUUGCCUUGAUGCUCUGCCACUGAGCUAUGCAAAUUGACUCAAUAAACCACACUAGGAUUGCUCUGUUAGCUGCAUAUGUUGGUUUUAUCUGGGUGCUAGGCACGGGUGACCCAUGCAGUUUAGCUACCUGAGACAAAAUGCUCAUUGCCACCUUCUGGCCCCACCUGCUGCGUUCCACAUCUGCUGCUGCUGUGCCCCAGCACUUGCCGAACUUGGCAGGAGGCAGGGUAUUCCUUAAGUUGUUGCUGCUUGCUUGGCUUCUCUGCCCAGGUGGAAGCAGUGGAACAGGUGGGUGAAGCGCUGCCUCUUGAAUUCUGCUGCCAGAUAUGCAACUUGGGUUGGGUGGUGGUGGUGCUAGCAAUGGAAGAGCAAAUUCAAGAAUCUCCAAAUUUUAGAUCCAUGUUUUCUGUUUAUAUUUAUUUUCUUCUACAUUCAACUGCUACCUUGUAAGACUUUGCCUACUUUUGUGUGUGCACACACUUAAUUUGCAGGUGAUACUGAUAUUUGCACUGGACACAGUAGAAAUGUAUCAACUUUUAUGAUUAUUUUUUACAGGAAGGAUGUGAAUUUCCAAGGGCCCUGUAAAGUCCAGAGUUAUCAUAAGGUUGAUCUGCUUUUAGCGUGGGGAUCAUUCACAUGGUCUCUCAUCUGAGCCUUGUAAAUGGUGCUGAGCCUUUGCUUCUUGGUUCUAAGAUGUUUUGGCAAGUGCGGAGUAUCUUUGAUUUUUUUUCCUCCGAGCAAAAGAACAAAGGUGACAUGUUAGAGCCUCACUGAAUGUGACUUUGGGUGAGGGUGGGUGUUACUUUUCCAAAUAAAGAGGAAAUGCAUCACCCAGGAAAAAAAACAUUGAUGUGCAUCAACUUUUCAUAUGCUAAUUUAUUAAUAAUAUUAAUAAUUGAAUUUAUAUCCAACUCUUUCAUCCAAAGGAGCUGAGAAUGGCAGAUGCAGAAUUUAAAAGCCAAGCCAAGCCAAGCCAUUCUAUCUAAAACAGUUAAAACAGUUAAAAAACAAUUAUAAUUAAAAACAUGUAAAAGCAGUUACAGUUUAACAUUCUUCCCUCCAACUAGCUUAGGGCAGAGGCGUAACUAGGCUCCUGUGUGUUCUUGCCAUGGAGCCAUAUUGGUGCUCACCCCCAUCUCUUGCACCCUUGGCAGGAAGCUGUAUUAGCACCUCUGAAUCUAGAGAGACCAUGGACCAGAAACUCAAAAAGUCACAGUUGGGCUGCUGCAACGGCUGUGGAACUGCCCAUCAGCAACAGGGCAGAGGCUCCAGACCUAGACCUCAUGCUGAAUUUCUGCUUUGACCUCCAGAAACAUGGCACAAGAAGCAAGCCGAUGAUGGAACUGCCCUGACAACCUCUCUAAGCUAUCUAGGAAGGUUUUUAGACACUGAUGUUCUCCCAUUUCCCUAAAUGACCAGGACAGCAAAUAUCUAGCAAAUGUUUAGGUUGGGCUUCUGAGUCAGAAAGGUGUUUUCCCAAGGAAAUAAGAUAAUAAAUUGUGGCAGAGAAGUAGAACAUUUUUACUUUUACUUUGUUUUCACAUAUGAGGAAAUCAGAGCAUGCAAAUUCACAUUCCAAGUUGCUGUAAGUAUUUGCAAUCUUUGGCCUACAUUGAGCAGGACUUUUGACCAUGGAUGUUUCUGCAAUCCUUUCUUUAUAGUGUCCAUACCAACUUCCUCAAGGGAUAAUUUCUCUUCUCCAUCAGCUUCCAGUGAAUCCCAAUGGCUACUUGAGGUCUAGAAUGGGAUAUUUUUUGAUUCAGGAAAGAUCUAAGAAUAUUAGAAGAGACCCACUGGAUCAGAUCAAAGCCCAUUGUUGCACAAGACUUCCCAAUCAAUGAUGGUCACAUUCACACCAUGCAUUUAAGGUGUUAUGAUACCACUUUAGCAUGGUAUGCUAAAAUAACUUUAAUAUAGCUUCCCCCAAAGACCGCUGGGAGGUGUAGGUUGUUAAGGGUGCUGAGAGUUGCUAGGAGACCCGUAUUUCCCUACAAUUCCCAAAGACGUUUAUCAAUCAUAUUCCCAGAGAACUCUUCCCAGGAAUUUUUGGGAAUUGUAGUGUACCCCCUCACAGAGCUACAAUUCCAAGCAACCUUAACAAACUACAGUCCCCAGGAUUUGGAGGGCGGAGAAAGAAGCUGUGUGCUUGAAAUGUACAUUAAUUGUGCCCUAAAUGUAUGGUGCAAAUGUGACCUAUGUCUGUGUACUUCUCACUACGUGUAUUCAUGUUCAUGGGGAUCAUAGAAUCACAGAAUUGUAGAGGGAGAAUUUAUGAGGGAGUCUGUUCAACUGUCAAGCAGCUCUUACCCUCAUGAAGUUCUUCCUGAAUACUUUGUUGUCGUUUAGUCGUGUCCGACUCUUCGUGACCCCAUGGACCAGAGCACGCCAGGCACUCCUGUCUUCCACUGCCUCCCGCAGUUUGCUCAAACUCAUGCUGGUAGCUUCGAGGACACUAUCCAACCAUCUCGUCCUCUGUCGUCCCCUUCUCCUUGUGCCCUCCAUCUUUCCCAACAUCAGGGUCUUUUCCAAGGAGUCUUCUCUUCUCAUGAGGUGGCCAAAGUAUUGGAGUCUCAGCUUCACGAUCUGUCCUUCCAGUGAGCACUCAGGGCUGAUUUCCUUAAGAAUGGAUAGGUUUGAUCUUCUUGCAGUCCAUGGGACUCUCAAGAGUCUCCUCCAGCACUUAGUCAUUCACAAUAGCCUUUCUUGUAAUUUGAAUCCAUUGGUUUGGAUCCUUCCCUCAGGAGCAGGAGAAGCCUGUGUUGUCAGAUAAAGUAUAAUGGAUUAUUUCUCAAUAUUGAUAGAGCACCAGAGAAUUCCUGGGUUUGCAACCCUUAAGGUGGCCCUUUAGGAUGCCUUUCCUGAGAGCAGGUGCAUGCACACCAUGGUUUUUAAGCACAUUCUCUGCCAAUUAAUCCUGGGAACUGUAGCAUUCCCAGCAUUUGUUAAUUGCAAACCACAGAUCCCAGGAUUCUUUGAGGUGGGAAGGGGAAUGUGAUUUAUACAUAUGGUGUGUACGCAGCCUUAGACUUUGGAACAGAUGGCUUAUUUUAUUUAUUUAUUAUUUAUUUCAUUUAUAUCCCACCUUUCUUCCAAGGAGCUCCAAGUGGCUUAUAUGGUUCUCCAUUUCUCCAUCACAACAACCCUGCAAGGUAGGUUAGGCUGAGAGGGAGGGACUGGCCCAAGGUCAUCCGGUGAGCUUCAUGGCCAAGCUGGGAUUUGAACCCUGGUCUCCCAGAUGUUGGUCCGGCACUCUAACCACACUGGCUUUUGGGGGCUUUCCCUGUUUUUAUGGAAGUGUGCACCCCUUCCCUUACUUUAAAAUGUGGUACGCCAGCCUAGUUAACUUGAGGGGGGCCUCCUGGUCAUUGUGCCAAGUGGGACCCAUGGACAUUUGUCCCAGAUUCCUGCCCUGAUGGCUCCACUGCCUGAGAGGACCGUCAGAUCCUGGAGCUGGCCUGGCCCCACAAGAACCCUUAAAGGCAGAGCGUUGGUGGAGCCAAGUCAGCAUUUUACCCUUGCCAGAUAGACCUAUUUCAUGAGCAGAUCCCACUGUGGCUAAUUUGCUCUCUUUGCCCAGUCAAUAAUUCUUCAAACUUUUGCUCACCGUUUGUACCACUUCCUGAUGCUCUGUCCGUUCAUCAGUCCCCCCCACCCCAAUGUGUUGCAACAGUAUACUUCAACCCCUUAAUAAUUAACAGCACUUGUCCAUCAGCAUUGUCUUCUGGCCAUCUUAAGGAAAUCAUAUUGACUUUGCAGUCCUGAACACCCUCCAGAAACUGGGUUUUGCCCCUCAAGCCCUUCUAAGACUGGGCUUGGGCCAGGCAAAAGCUACAGUCAGGCAAAGAAUAUUAGACACCGAGAGACAACAGGACUGCGCAAGGUGCCCGACUAUAAAAUCGGAGAAAUCGAGAGAGAUAUAUAGCCGCACCGGCAGCAUAUCUCGUAUCUAGAAAUGCAAGAAGGGCCUUUACACUCGCCAGAAGCUUGGCUCUUCCCUCACUGGUCCUGGAUGGAGCCUUUAGAAAAGUCCCGUAUGCUCAGAGACUUUGCACCUGUCCAUUGGGAGAGAUAGGAAGCCCAGAACACUUGUUCUUUAGAUGUCCCUUUUAUGAAGAGGCACGUAGUAAGAUCAUUGAUCCCCUACUGGUGAGGCUCGCCGACCUCCCGCAAAAGCAAAAAUUUGAACUUUUCUUGUUAGGCAAAGAUCAGAAGAUGACCUGGAUGGUCACCAGAUUCUGUGUACAGAUCUGUAGGCGCAGACCAUCGCCCAACUCAAAAUAGUCCGGCAUGAAAAUCCCCAAACUGAAUUCCAUGGGUGACACUGAGUCAACUCCCUGGGAUAGUUUAUUGUUGUACAUUGUUUUUAAAUUUAUUGUUGUACAUUGUUUUAAUUGUCUGUUUUACUUCUGUGACUAUACCCCCAAGUGUGUUUUAUAAGCUGGUCUCCGACUGUAAUAAAUUAUCUUUAUCUUUAUCUUCUAUUGACUUUGCAAAUACUGCCGUACCUAUCUGUUUCUUUGGGGGAAUUUCUUUAAUUUCAGUGUUUCCUUGUCAAUUCAGAAACGUGACAAGGUUACGUUGCGCAAUGGAUUCAUUGGUGAGAGAGAGGAGAAAAAGAAAGGAAUGCAAAUUUGGGAGGGGAGGAGCAAAUAGCUGAAUAAUUGGGCAGUGCUUUUGUUGUUUAAAAAAACAGGUGUCUUGAUCAAAGUGCCAUGGCUGCCAUGGGCAUAAGAAAAGGGGGGAGUGGGUACACACCAAAACCACUGAACAAACCUUGUGAACCAUCACCACCAACCACAGUGCAAAGUUCACUGUGAUUUGUACAUCAUCCUUCAACCUGGCACCCUCCACAUUUCUCAGCCUAACCUACUCCUUAGGGUUGUUGUGAAGAUUAAACGAGGAUGGGGAAACCAUCCUUUGAGAAAAUGCAAUUUUGUUGUUGUUUAGUCGUGUCCGACUAGCAUAGAAUUGCAGAGUUGGAAGGGACCCAAGGGUCAUCUAGUCCAACCCCCUGCAAUGCACAAAUCACACCGAAAUCAUCCUCAUUGCAAUAAUAAUGUUUUGGACUACUGUACAUUAUUUGCCUCUCUGUCCGCUAUGUAACAGUUUGCAAAAUUAAUGUAACUUAAAUUCAUUUCAAUGUGAAGGAAAUGUCAAACUGAUAUGGAAAAAAGUCACUAACUAUGUAUCAUUUGCAGACUUAAACAAAUAACAAAGUUGUGAAUGAAUUUUAUUGUAUUCACCUGAUGGAUUUCCUUUCCUGACCACAGAUGAACACACAAGCUGCAGCAGUCUCUGUUUCCAAUUUUGUUUUUAUCAGAAUUCCCUAAAAUUCCUACUCAUGAUAAAACAACUCCCAGAGAUUGGAGGUUCAGAGCAUUGGGAGUCAGCUGGCUUGGUCCAUAUGAAUGAAGUGUGUGUGUGGGGGUAUUUAGGAUGCUUCUUUCUUGAGUUUGGAUUGGUGGAACAAAUUCUGCUCUCUCCCCCUCCAUUAUCCCUGUGUGUCUCUCUUUCCCAAUAUGGAAGGCUGGGGGUGGGGAGGCAGGUUUUGGAUCAAAAGCAGGUCAAGGGCAUCUGCCUACAAGGUGCAACGGAUGAUGUCACAAUUAAAGGGCAUCUUGUAUCAACAUGAUUUUUAGUAAGCUGGCAAUCCUCAUCAGCAGAAGCACUAGGGCCAACUUGUGCAUUUGUUUCUUACAGACAUUUCUGCUUGUGAUAUAUCUUUUUAUCAUAUAUGAUGCUUUAAAAAAACUCUUUCUUCUAUUUUAUUUUUAUUUUGAAGUAAAACUGGGUUUUUAACCUAGUUAAGAUUGACCGUUAACUUUGCAGAGUAAUUCAGUCUUGGAAGCUGCCACAAAGGGAGCAAGGGAUGGUACAAAAAAAAUUCGCAAAAAUGAACCCAAAAGAAGUAACCUUUUCAGCUUGCUAUAGCCAGUGCAGUAAAACUUCUCCCUUUAAUGUGGAAUGAGCUUUCUGGGACAGCAACUAGGGGGAAAGUGCUGUGUUGUCGGGGUGUGGAUAAAAGGGUUGUGACUCAGUGGGAGAGCAUCUCUUUUGUAUGCAAAAAGUCCAAGGUUCAGUCUUCAGAAUCUUCAGCUAGGGCUGUGAAUGCCCCCUGCCUGAGACCUUGGAGAGCUGCUGCCAGUCAGUGAAGACAAUACUUAGCAAGAUGGGUCAAGAGUCUGACUCAUAAAUAUAAGGCAGCUUCCUAUGAGAUGUGAGCCUGUGUGUCCCUGCUCCUGACCCUUUUGAAUGUGCCAAGGGCUCCAAAAUGUAUUGGGUUAGCAACAAACAAGAUUGAUCUCCUGAGAGAUGGCCUUGUAGGGGGUCUGGGCUCCAUAUCUUCCUCCUUUCUCCAAAGAAUCUCUCCAGGGUUGCCAGACUUUGGAACUUCUGGGCGGAGGAGGAAACCUGAGUUUCAGAGCCAGCUGGGAAAAGUUGGCCCCUCCUCCCUGGGUGCUCCUAAAUACCUGGCCUGCAGGAAGCAGGUGCUUCAAAGAGAUCUUGCAAGACAGAUGGAGCAUCGUCCUCUUGGGGAGAUGAGCAGCGGCAGGUUUCCCGUGGAGGUGAAAGCAGUGGGCUUGCUGAAGCACAGAAAACAAAAGGUAUUUCAGUUGCCCCUCUGCCUCUCCCACAGUUAAUGCAUGUGUGUUGGGUCUGAAAAUAUUUUUAGGUGUGGAAUUGAUUUCAAUUUGUUUUCAUAUAUGGAGCUGAUUUGAAUUGUUUAUGGGGUUUUUUAUACUGUGAAAUAACUCUAUCAAAAAUCAUAGAAUCAUGAGUUGGAAAGGAGACAAAGGAUCAUCUAGUCUAACCCUCUCCAAUGCAGGAAUCACAGCUAAUUCCCUGACAGAUGGCCAUCCAACCUCCACUUAAAAACCUCCAAUGGAGAAUCCACCACCUUUUGUGGUAGUCCGUUCCACUGCCGCAUGGUUGCUGCCACCAGAAAGUUCUCCCUAAUGUUUAGUCAGAAUCUCCUUUCUUGUAAUUUGAACCCAUCGGUUCUGGAUAUUACACUCUGGAGACACAGGAAACAAGCAAUCUGUGUGACAAUCCUUCUGAUAUUUGAAGAAGGAUGUCAUAUUACCUCUCAAUCCUUUCUUCUCCGGGCUAAACAUUCCCAGCUCCCUCAUCUGUUCCUCAUAAGUCUUGGGUUUCCAGAAUGUAGUGUAGCUGUAGCACUGAAUAAGAGCUGGCUGGGAGACAUUCAGGGCCUGUAGGAACCAUCUGCUCUAUUUCCCUCCCCAGGUAUGGAUGCUUCUUGUCUCCUGGUCAGAUCAAAACAACAUUCUCAUCUACCGGGAGUUUGAAGAAUUUAAGAAACUCCAUGUAAGUUUUCUUUUGAACGUAAAGGGAGUAAGAUUUGAAACUGGGGAGGCCAGUUUCCCCUGCUUGUGCACAAUGAUUUCUCCUCUGUUGAGAAGCAUGAUAGUACAGUGGUGCCUCGCAAGACGAAAUUAAUCCGUUCCGCGAGUCUCUUCGUCUUGCGGUUUCUUCGUCUUGCGAAGCACGGCUAUUAGCGGCUUAGCGGCUUAGUGGCUUUUAGCGGCUUAGCGGCUUAGCGGCUAUUAAGAAAAAGGAAACAAACUCGCAAGAACUCGCAAGACGUUUCGUCUUGCUAAGCAAGCCCAUAGGGAAAUUCGUCUUGCGGAACGACUCAAAAAACGGAAAACUCUUUCGUCUAGCGAGUUUUUCGUCUUGCGAGUUUUUCGUCUUGCGGGGCACCACUGUACUCAUUUUCCCUUCUUGUUUCUCCCAUCACUUAGAAAGACUUGAAGAAAAAGUUCCCUAUUGAAAGUGGUCUCUUGAAGAAGUCCGACCGGACCAUCCCCAGGUUUCGAGGUAAAAGGGGAAGAAGGGAGGCCUUUCAUUAGAUUUUAAUUUUACAGUGGUACCACGGGCUACAUACACUUCAGGUUACAGACUCCGCUAACCCAGAAAUAGUACCUCGGGUUAAGAACUUUGCUUCAGGAUAAAAACAGAAAUCGUGCUCCGGCGGCGCGGCGGCAGCAGGAGGCCCCAUUAGCUAAAGUGGUGCUUCAGGUUAAGAACAGUUUCAUGUUAAGAAUGGACCUCCGGAACGAAUUAAGUACUUAACCUGAGGCACCCCGGCGCCGCAUAUGCUUAAGACAGCCCUGAGUAUAAAGGAUGGGGGAUGGGGGAGGAGGUGCUGCCAAGAGCCACCACAGCAUCCCUUGAUGGCUUUCCCACUUCUGUUGUGUCCCCUCCAAGAUGUAAAUGUGAUGCUGAAGAAGAACCAGAAGUUGAGCAGGUGCCGGGAGAGUCUGAUGUUGUUGGAGAUUUACUGUCAGGAGCUCCUGAAGACAAAAGCCAGGAUCUCCCAGGGAGAGGAUGUCGUCCAUUUUUUUGAAGCACAAAGCCGAGAUAUGGACCCUUCUUUUCCGGAGAACAGGUACCGUCAUUUUUUAAGAAAUGAAAGUAUAUAUAUCUAUUUAGAAGUAAUGGUGUCUCUGUGUGCAUUUUAUAUAUCUAAAGGUGGGGUUGUUUUUUGGGGGGGGUUGCAACAAUUCAUUAUAAUAUGGAACUUGCCCUCAGGUUUACAAUCUAAAUGACACAACAGAAAAGGAAAAGGGAUGGGGAGGGAGGAGAGGGAAAAGCAAACUCAGGCAACAGAACAGCCUCUUUGGAUAUGUUAAUGGUCGCAGUUAACUGGCCAGCUAAGGCCCUUAACUUAAAAAAGUAACUGGUUUGGCUGGCUCUGCAAGUUUUCACUUAUAGAUUUUAACCUCACAGAUACAGGAUCAUAGGUUUGGAAGGGAUCUGUAUCAUUCCAGAAUGACCCCCAAAACCUAUAAAAAUUCUGGUAGGGCUCUGUCACUCCUUGGCCUGGUGACCAGCCUUCUGUGACAACAGUCAAUUCAUGGGUCAGAGCUGCUUGCCAACCUUCAUCUCUCACCUUCACAGCACUCAUGUGUGUAGUCUAGAACAAAGCAACACCCAUCACUGUGGCUUGUCUGUUCAGACCAACCCUAAAGCCAAGUCAAACCACUGUUUGCAAACCCAACUUUGGCUUGCCAGCCCCUAGCAAACCAGUGGCUUGCCACUUCCAAUAUUAUGCCAAAAUACAAUGAAGCUUCCCAAAUGUUGGAAGUGAUUCUGUGUCUGAAUUUAGCUUUAUUCAUUGUACUGGUUUUAAUUCUCAGGGUUGCGCACAUGGGAGUGUUGUUGUGGCAAGGAUGAGGAAAGGAUGGUAAAUGGAUUGAGCUGAAAUAAAAACCUUUUAGUUAUGACUCUCAGAGCUGCCUUCGUGAUCUGCUGACUGUCGUUUGCAAACAAACUCUGACAGAUGUAAGAGUGGUCAUUACAGAUUGGCUCCUGAAAGCUUCCCCCCACCCUUUUCCUUUUUUUGGUAGCUGAAACUGACAAAUUAACUUUUGUAUGUUUUCAAAAUGGAAAAUGACAUGAACUACUGCAGAGACGUGCACAUUUCAGAGUAGGUUGAAAUAAUAAUUGCAGCAAAAUGCCACGUUGAAGGAAACUGCUUAGGAUCAUUGUGCAUGUGGGUUUUUAUAGAACUGAUCUGUCAAAUUAAUUGAUUGAGAUACUUUGAAGAUUCCUAACUGACAAAUAUCUCACUGGCCUGCAGCCAACAUGGCACCAGAGUUUUCUUUAUGGUUAUAUGAGUUUUAAGCAUUUGUCUUAAUUCUAAGCAGUGACAUAUCAAUGAGCCAUUGCUAUUGAUAGGCCAUGUUUUCAUAGAAUCAUAGAAUUGUUGAGUUCAAAGGUACCCCAAGGUUCAACCCCCUACACUGCAGGAAUAUGCAGGUGUUCCAUAAAGGGAAUCAAACCCGUGAUGUUGCCGUUAUCAGCACCACACUAUUUUGUUUAUAUGCUUUCCUACUUUCUUUGCAUGCUUUUAUGUACGGGGAAGUGCCCUAACUGAGUGGUGAAGCAUUUAUUUAUUUAUUUUGCAUGCAGAAGAUCCCAGGUUUGAUUUUCAAUGACAUUUCUAGGUAGGGUUGGGGGAAAGCCCUUGCCUGAAACCCAUAACAGCUUCUGCCAGUCAGUGACAGGUGACCAUGGAUCUGAGUCGUUGCUUCCUAUAUUGCAGUCUGCUGCUUUUCUGAUGAGAUGUUUUCCAGGAUUCCAGCCUUGAAAGACACCAAGUAAUAUAUACUAGGCAAAAUCUGCAUGGAGAGCUUCUCCUGCAAGUUCCAAAGAUCUCAGAAGCCCACUCUGGAGAGUGACUCGGAGCAGGGCUUUAAUGCAGCUGCCUCUGUUCUGUGGAGUAGCAUUCGUGUUGAAAUACAACAGACAGCCACUGUCUACACUUCCCAGAAACAGCUGAGGCAUUUUUGUUCCAACAGACUUUCCCAGCUAGGUAAACGAGUCUUCACCGCGUGUUUUCACUUGUUAGGGUUUCAGUCCUCUUUCAAAUGUAUUUGUUUUUGCUGUUGUUGUUGUUGUUGUUUUAAACUGUUUUAAAUUAUCUUAUGUGCAAAACACCCAGAGACACUGAUUCUGAAGGGAGUUAAUAAAUUACUUGCAAUAAUAGUAAUAAAUUGUGUCACCAUGGACGAAAUUAGACUAGAGACCAAGCUCACUGAGAAGACAAGUUUUCCCGAUCUGCUGUAAUUUCUUUGGAAUUUAUUCCAGUUCAAAAAGGGACAUAGAAUCCUAGGACUGGAGUUGGAAGGGAUCCCCCGCAAGGGUCAUCUAGUCCAACCCCCUGCAGUGCAGAAAUCACAGCAGACAAAUCAUUCCUCCCACUUUUGCAGCAUUGUGAUUUUGCCUUCCGAAAUGGGCCCAGGGAAGAAAGAGACACCUUUGCCACCCAGCACGACCAUCACACAGCCGGUCAUGUCCCAGAGUUACAGGUGCAUUGAAGCCUAUGAGACCAAAGACACAAGCAACAGGCUCUUCAGAGCCACCAAGGGGGAAAUACUUGAAGUCCUCAUGAAAGACAAGACAGGUAUGCUUCUUUACUCCAGUUCUGUAUGCAUAGUCAGCCCUGUUUAGGGACGUUUUUAAUGUUUGAAGUUUUAUUCUGUUUUUAAUGUUCCAUUGAAAUCUGCUCAGAGUGGCUGGGGAAACCCAGCCAGAUGGGCAGGGUAGAAAUUUGUUAUUAUUACAGUGGUACCUCGCAAGACGAAUGCCUCGCAAGACGAAAAACUCGCAAGACGAAAGAGUUUUUCGUUUUUUGAGUUGCUUCGCAAGAUGAAUUUCCCUAUGGGCUUGCUUCGCAAGACGAAAACGUCUUGCAAGUUUGUUUCCUUUUUCUUAAAACCGUUAAUACCCGUUAAAACCGUGCUUCGCAAGAUGAAAAAAACGCAAGACGAAAAAACUCGCAGAACGAAUUAAUUUCGUCUUGCGAGGCACCACUGUAGUAGUAUUAUUAUUAUUAUUAUCAUCAUCAUCAUCAUUGUAUUAUUGAAUUGUAGAGUUGGAAGGGACCCCAAUGGUCAUCUGAUCCAACCUCCAAACAAUAUGCAGGAAUCACAGCUAUUUUCUGCUCAUCAAAAUAAAAAUCGCAGAGCAGUUCACAUAUAAGAGCACAAAAUACACAGCAUAACAGCUUUCGCCAGCAAACCUCCCGCUGUCCCAUGUCCGCUGCUGGUGCUUCAUUCUGGAAAACAGGUGCAGCGCCAUGGCUGUGAGAUUUGAGCUACAAAUCAGGAGGUCCCAGAUUCAAAUCUCAUUUCUGCCAUGAACUCACUGGCUGGCUUUGGACAAGCAGGCUUCUCUCUGCCACCUCCCUUUUUAUUUAUGAGAAUAAAAAUAUCUAGUUUUUAAGGUUGUUGUAAGGAUUAUUGACAGAGGUGGGAAAUCUGCGGCCCCUCAGAUGUUGCUGACUACAACUCCCAUCAUCCAUGCUCUCACAAAAUUGGGAUUAAGUGGUGCAGUUGGCCCCACACUCAUCAGGUUCUGUCUUUAAAAAAGACACACUGGGGGAAACUUGCAGAUGGCCUCAGCUUCCUUUCAGAGUGAUUAUUUUUUGCAGGAUGGUGGCUGGUGGAAAACUACUGGAAACAAAUUGCCUGGUUCCCAGCCCCGUACCUGGAGGAGACGGAGGAGGCAGCUGCCACCGAGGAGACAAAAGAGACAGGUGAGUCUGGACAAGUCUCUCAAGUGACUCUGAUGCUUUCUCAUAGAGGGGAACAUCAGGCAGGUGCCUUAGUUGCUAAGUCAGGUCACCUCUACCUCAGGGUUGUCUAUGCCAACCUCCAUCAACCAGGUGCCUUCCAGCUGCUUUGGGCUACAACUCUCUCAUCAGCCCCAGCUUCAUACAGCUAUGCUGGCUGGGGCUAAUGGGAGAGAGACAGUCCAAAACAUCUGGAAGCAAAUCCCCUAAUGUAUGGCUCUUUAUACACAUUUUUUGGGUUGAAGAACAGCACUGCAAGAUCCAGAAAAGCAAUAUGGAGGACAGCUGUGCUUCGGUUUACAUAUUGGUUUGGGAAGUUGCCCUUCCCUGUCCCAGUUGCCUUUCUUCUUCCUUGCUCAUCUGGUGUAUUGUUUAAAAAAACAAGUAGAGAGCUGGAAACAGUUCCUCCUCUUUUCUUUCAGGGAUGCUGUAUUAUGUCACACGGGCUUAUGAGGCCAAGAAGUCAGAUGAACUGUCUGUGAAGAUUGGGGUUGUGGUGGAAGUGCUGGAGAAAUCAGAUGAUGGAUGGUGGCUUGUUUGGUAAGCCAGUGGGGCUGGGGCUGUUCGUGAAUCAGGAUAACUUGUCUGCUAGUGGUCCAAGCAUUGGUAACUGCAAAGUUUGAUUACUGUAAUGCACUCUGUAUGGAGCUACCCUUGAGGUUGGUUUGGAAGCUGCAGCUGGUACAGAACUCAGCAGCUAAACUGCUGAUGGGCACCAAACAUUGUUGGCAUAUUAUUAUUAUCAUCAUUAUCAUUAUCACUGAUUUAUUAACUUUCUUCCAAUAACAAUGCAUUUUACACUAAUUAAAAGCAAGUAAUCCCUCCCUGCCCAAUCCCAUACACUUAAAACAAGACUGGAGAAGACUGAGAAAUGAUGUGACAGCCAUCUUCAAAUAUCUGAAGGCUCGUCACGUGGAAGAUGAAACCACCAUCAGGGAUGCCUCUUAGUAACCCAAAGCUUGGAGAUGCUUGGCAGAGAAGUCAUCUGUGCCAUACAAAAUAAACUAAAAAACAGUAGAAUGAAAGGUUCAGCCCUGUGAGAGGUAGCCUGCUAUUCCAAGCUACACAGCAACAUUCCCCACCCCCCCCCGACUUGCAAAAAAUGAAAAUGAAAAAAACAAACCAACCCAUUUUUGUCAUCCUGGAACUUAUUUUGCUUUUAAAGUGACGUUUCUGCAUUUUUGGUCUUUCAGGUAUAACGGGACAACAGGCUAUGUCCCUUCCAUGUUCCUCCAGCCAUACAGAAACCCUCACAGCAAAUUCUUGGCUCUCGUCAAUAGCAGCCUGUGUUACUCUAUGCCAAACUUAUCUCAAGCUACUAGUCCCUUGAGUAAGAGCUCCCCAAGCCAACAGAGAGGCUCUUGUGAGGGUGCUGCCCAGGUUCAUUCAACCAAUAUGACGAUGGAAAUGCAAGAAUACAACACGCCCCCAAGUAGAAUGAGAUCCCACUCUCUGAGUGUGUCUGUGGCCGUAGCCACGUCUGGGCUGGCAAGUGGGGUGGACUGCCUGUCUGACAGCUCAGGAAACGUGAGUGGACAGGGAUAUGACUGGCCCCAGAAUCCUGAGGUGAACAGGGUGAGGAACAGCACCCCUGGAGAGACCCUCCUCCUCUGUUCCUCAAGGAGUCAUGGCUGCCUCUCCCCGCCCCUGGAGAGCAAGCAUCGAAGCGACUCUGGCUUUGAGGAGCAACCGUUGGGCUCGUCUGAUACUUUGCUUCGCUCCUCAGAUUCUGAACCCGCUUCUGGUCAUCCAACGAUACCCCCACGCCCUCAGGCCCAUGAAAUCCUCCAGAGGUGCACCACCAUCACCAGAAGAGCCCUGCGAGGGGCUCUGGCCAGGGCCAGCCCCACUGCAUCCUCUCAAGCCUGCCAUUGAAACGGCAACAUAGAGGGUGCAAAACAAGGGGGGAUAGCAGGAGCUGGUUCAAAACACAAGUGGGGGGGUAGUGCCAGUACUGAGCAAGGCAACACAUGCAGCACUACAUGUGUGCAUUUAGAACUCGGAGCCUUAAUGCUUGGAGAGUGGGUAAAAUGGAAGCGACUCUUGCAGGCCUCUCUGACUGAUAAACAGGCUCAUUUAGUUCUUGGAAUAGGAGCCUUCCUCAACCUAGGGUGCUCCAGAUGCUUAGAAUGCUUAGAACUCACACAUCAGCCAUACUUUCUGGGGCUGAUGGGUUAUAGUCCCCCCUCCAAAACAAAAAACCCUACUGAUUAAGUAGGGCUGAAAGUACCACCCCAUUAAAUGUGUGGUUCCCCAUACUUUGCCUUUGGACUAGGACUGGAAAAUCUGUUGCCACCCAGAUGUUGGAUUACAACUCCCAGAAUUUAUUGGACAUGCUGUCUGGGGUUAAUGGGAGUUGGGAGUAAUCCAUCACUGCCUUAGGGUGACCCCUACAGUGAUUGUUAAUGCUAAGAAGGCAAUGGAUUAAUUUGAAUGGAGUUGUGUUUUCUCAAACCACCAAUGACUGAAAUUCCUCUCCACUGUAGUGUGCAAUUAGACUUGCUUGCUUGAGCAAUCUCAACAUCUUUUAUCUGCAGGCACUUGCAGCAGAGUGCUAGAUGGUUUUUUCAUCUCUAGUUGAAUUUAAUGGGCUCAUAUUACACAUUAAUAUAAUGUUAUCUUUUAAGCAUGUACGGGAUGGAGCUGGGUAUAUAACUCUGAUCCAACAGGACUCCUAUAGUGUUCUUAAAACAUCUGGGCGGCAGUAGAUUGGGGAAAGGUGUGGUAGGCUUUCCUUUUGAGUUAAUAUGUAUAGAUUGCAGAACUAAGUCUGUAAAUACAUUUAUCAUACAAGUACUGUAUGAUUUUUUUUCUAAUUCACUUGGUAUGUUAUUCUCUUU